UAAGGGGGAAGUAGCCUUUCGGUUGUUGGAGAAAUUUCGUGGAAGUCGUUUAGAUGAUUUCACAAUUCUUCAAGAACUGGGAUAAAAGAGGGAUUUUUAUCACUGUCCUUGUUUUUCUACCUUAUACAGAAAGAAUUUUAAUGUGAUGCCAACGCACAGUCUAACUAAUUUCAAAAGUUAAUCGAUAAUACUAAUAAGUUGUUUCGUACUAAUAGCUAUAUUGGCGGGUAGUAGUUGUAGUACUUAAGUUGUAAAAUUUGAUAUUUCUUCAGUUUGGCUUGUGUUCUUUACUGACAUAGUAGAAGUUUUACCAACGUCGAACAAUUAGAAUGUUAAGUAUUAACUUCACAGAACUACAUCUAGUAGUAUGUUUAAUUACAUUCUUCAUAUCUAUGGAGCUACUGAAAGUGGAGGCGAAAGAUGGACCGUAUACGGAUCAGUUUGUUAUUCACGUCGAAGGAGGUCCAAAUGUUGCCAAAGAAUUAGCAAGAAAACAUGGAUUUGUUUAUUUAGGAGAGGUAGUUGACGACUAUUAUCACCUUAAGCACCACCAGGUGUCCAAACGAUCCGUAGAGCCAAGCCUUCAUCAUCACGCGUCACUUCAUUCGGAAAAACGGAAUCGAGGUAAUGGAGUGGACAUGAAUGUGAAGCCAGCUUGGGACAUGAAAGUGUCCGGGAAAGGUGUGGUGGUCACUAUAUUAGACGAUGGACUUGAGAAAGAUCAUCCAGAUAUAAAACAAAAUUAUGAUCAUAAAGCCAGUUUUGAUGUAAAUAAUAAUGAUGAAGACCCUCAGCCAAGAUAUGAUCUCAUUAACUCUAACAGGCACGGAACCCGGUGUGCUGGAGAGGUUGCCGCUGUAGCAAACAAUAGUAUAUGUUCAGUGGGCAUAGCUUUUGAUGCUGGUAUAGGAGGUGUUCGAAUGUUGGAUGGAGAUGUUACUGAUGCAGUUGAAGCCCGGUCAUUAAGCUUAAACUCUCAACAUAUUGAUAUAUACAGUGCCUCAUGGGGACCUGAUGAUGAUGGAAAAACGGUUGAUGGCCCAGGAAAGCUAGCAACCAAAGCUUUUAUUCAGGGAAUUGAAAAGGGUCGUGGAGGACUGGGCUCAAUAUUUGUGUGGGCGUCUGGUAAUGGGGGUAGAAACCAUGACAAUUGUAAUUGUGAUGGUUACACAAACUCUAUCUGGACCUUGUCCAUCAGCAGUGCCACGGAGAACGGGCUAGUUCCGUGGUAUAGUGAGGCUUGUUCUUCAACAUUAGCAACGACGUACAGUAGUGGAUCUGGAGGGGAAAGGCAAAUUAUCACAUCAGACCUGCAUCACUCGUGUACCUCACAACACACAGGAACGUCGGCUUCAGCUCCUUUAGCUGCUGGAAUUUGUGCACUUACACUAGAAGCUAACAAACACUUAACGUGGCGAGACUGUAAACCAUUUGUAAUUACUUUGGAAUAAUCAUGUUACCCUAACCCACUCAGUAACUAAAGACAUGAAAUU